AUGCCUUCAGUCAACAAUAUCGCUUUUACCGCCCCGAUAAAUCCUCCAGGGGCUAGUCCAGUCCUCAAAAAGGAGCAAGUCUGGGCCGGACUGCUACUCAAAACUCGCUCCGCAGAAACAUUCAUUCCUAACGCCAUCGAAUCAACUACUGUCAUAUCCGAGAAUGAAGAUGCUUCCACAGGAAACAUCGUCACUAUCCGCGAUGUCGUAUUCCGCGAGAACCAAAAGAAGGUCAAAGAGACAGUCACGGCAUACAAAGACGCCAGAGUCGACUUUGUGCAGCCGGACGGAAGUUUCAUUGGAAAUAUUAUCAGCGAGGGCGCUAGUGGAGAGUUGUACAUGACUUAUGUCUUUGAGUGGCAUCACCCAGGAGCAUCGCAAGACGAGCUUGAUGCUUUUUAUGCUAGGGAGAAGGGUAUCGCACAACAUUCCGUUGAAGGGACAGUCGAUGUCAUCCGGAACUUGGUCAAAGAGGGCAAAUUGUAG